UAUGACUUCAUUCUAGAGUAUAGAUGCUCAUACGCAUCGCCUUCCCCUCGUAAUUGCAAUAUAUCCCCUCCUUUCAGAUUCCACCUCAUCCUAUUACAUAGCAGAUAUGUAUCGAGUAUGCAUGUUGCCCGACCAAAUAGUAGGACUAGUACUCCUUAAAGAUCCAUUACAUUAUAUCCUUAUAUCCCCUGAUUUAGUGUUAUCCAACCCGGUUUUUUGCUGCCCAUCCCUAUAACUAUGAGUAGCUAUAGCGAUGAUGCUAGCAGGUCUAGCUCGUCCUCAGAUGGCGCAUUCCGUGAUAGUUUCGGUAACCGAGCCGAUCGAAUCACUCUACAAGUCGGCGAACGUCGAUUCACCACACUUCGCGAAACCCUUAUCGAAAGCGAGUAUUUUGCAGCGCGCCUCUCUGGGAGGUGGAAUGAUGCUGAUGAAGACGGCUCCUACUUCGUCGAUGCUAAUCCGGUCCUCUUCGAGCACAUCCUUAGUUAUCUCCGAAGCGGGAAUUUCCCCGUCUUCUUUGAUAGCAACACGCUUACCUUCGACCACGCCAAGUACUUAUCCCUGCUAGGCGAUGCUCGAUACUUUGGCAUUCGCAAACUAAUCGAAUGGAUCGAAAGGAAGAAAUAUCUAGGCGUUGUUGAAAUCACGAGAUCGGUGAUCGUUGAUGAUGAUGUUAAUAGUGUAUCGAUGCAUUCCCAUAUGAGCGGGGUGCCGGGGGAUAGCAAAGUCGAUCUCACAACUUCAUGGGGCUUUAAUAAGAUAUAUGUUUGUCCAAGAAACCUCCACUUUCACCCUACUUCGUCGACAUGUGGGUGCGACUUGGCUAAAAGACGAGAAGAAGGCGAUAAAUUUAGAGAUGAAUUAGUCUUGAGGGCUGUUGUCACUAUCACUACUGCAACGUUCAAUCCGAACUGUUGCCUUGGUCAUGGGGGGAUUGAUUGAUGUCAGAUUGGGGCUAUUAUACAUACGGGAAUAUUGUUAACGCUGUAUACAAGGCUGUUAUGAUCAAACUACCUUAUAUUCUUCCAAGUCCAUUCUCUUUCCCUUAUGGCGAUGC